GGCGCAUGCGCAGUUGGCCCAUAACGACAUGACGCAGGGAUGUUUUCAGUAGCAACCGAGCCAUUGAAGGUUAAAAAGUCCCUCUAAAAGACAGAAGCAUGUCCUGUGUUCUGGAUGAGACGGCUGCAGAUGUUCCAGUCAGAGACACGAACAUCAACCUGUCCAGACUCACUGCCGCUCCACAAGACUCUUCUGUCUAUCAGGAUGUUCGCACAGACGUUCAGGACAUCUCCAAGGUGUCCAGGGAGGAGCUGGAGGACCGGUUCCUUCGUCUCCACGAGGAGACGCUGCAGCUCAAACAGCACGUCCACAAACAGGACGACAAGAUCAGGAAGUUGGGCACCAAGCUGAUGCGGCUGGUGAAGGACCGGGGGCGGAUGGAGCAGCUGGCUGCAGGCGGGGUCCAGCCGCCCUCCAGGCUGCGAGACGUGGAGAUGGAGGAGAUGCUGGAGGAGCUGCAGGACAAAGUGCGGGGGCUGCAGGCGGACAAAGAGGGGCUGAAACAGCGCCUCCUGGUGGCAAAGCAGCAGCUCCUCAGCUCACAGAGCCGCAGGCCGGCGCCGUACGAACGCGUCCUGCCCCGGGUCAACUCGGGCCUGAAGAAGCUCAGAGACGACAUGUCCUCCCCGUCUCCAACACGUCCCAGAGGUCUGAGGAACUCAGAUGAAGCUGGAAGACCUCAGACGGGUCAGCUGCCUCGAUACGGUCACAGUCUGCUGGAGGAGGCCCGGGCCGAGAUCCGGAACCUGGAGAACAUGGUGGAAUCUCAGAGGAGCAGAGUGGAGGAGCUGGAAGGAGAGUCAGAGCAGCUGAGGGAGGAGCUGAUAAAGAAGGAGGCGGAGCUUGAGAAGCAGCGACAGCAGCACACCUCCAUUCUCAGGUCUCAGGUGAGCAGGAACUUGUCUCUGAUCAAACAGCAGAAACAGCUGGACAGCAGGUCCAACACUGUGACGGAGCUGGAGGGACGCUUCCUGCAGCUGCAGGAGGCUCAGGUGAGUCUGAAGGUGAGUCACGACGCAGCCAUGAUGAAGGUGGACGAGCUGUCGGCUCAGCUGAAGGAGGAGCGGCUGAAGAGUCUGGAGCUGAACAAACAGCUGCAGACAAAGAACCUGACCAAGACUCACCUGGAGCAGCUGCAGCAACAGAUCAGUGAGCUGGAGCAGGAGAGGGAGCUGCUGAAGGAGGACAACAAGAGACUGCUGAACAGCGCCUUCGAUGUCUCCCAGCAGCAGAGGUGGAAGCUUCAGGAGCAGCAGCUGAAGUUACAGAUCGCUCAGCUGGAGAUGGCGCUGAACGCCGACCUGGUGGACAAAAAGGAAAUCCUGGACAAAGUGAAGUCUGAGAGGGAUAAAAACGAGCUGCUGGCAGAAGAGAGUCGAAAACUUCAGAUUCAGUUUCUGGAGCAGAAGCAGCAAGUGGAGGAGCUGACGAAGCGCCUGGAGUUCUACAGCAAAGAGGAAGAGUACAGCGUGGCUGAGCUCACCGAGGCGCUGCUGCUCAUCAGAAAACGUAAAUCCCAGAAGAGCGGAGAUCUAAGCUUCCUGUCAGAGCUGGAGGACACGGAGAGCUCCGUCAGAGAGCUGCGAGCUGCUCACGCUGAAACCAUCCAGGAGCUGGAGAAGACCCGGAACCUCCUGAUCCUGGAGAGCCGGAUCAGCAAAGACCACCAGGCGGAGCUGGACUCGAUGGUUCAGAGGAUGAACAGCGACAGAGUCGAGUACGAGCAGAAACUGACCCAGCAGGCUCAGCUGCUGGACUCCAGGGCAGCAAAGAUCUCCAAACUGGAAGCUCAGCUCAGAGACAUCGCUUACGGCACCAAGACCUUCGUCUUCAGACCGGACGUCCCAGGUGAGGAUGAGGAAGACGGCUUUGAUGAACCUCUCCAGCUGGACCGUGGAGAAAACCUCCUGGAGCUUCAGAUCGUCGGCGCCACGCUGUCUCCCGCCGCCCUGCAGACGCUGGGUGACGCAGAACCCUCCACCUUCUGCACGUACGCCUUCUACCUGUUCGAGCUGCACGCCACUCCGGUGGCGACGGGCCGCAGUCCCAAAUACGGCUACACCUCCAGGUACGUGGUGAGCACGGACCAGAACUUCCUGGACUACCUGCACAGGUGCUCGGUCACAGUGGAGCUGCACCAGGCGCUCGGUCUGGACUGGAGGACCGUGGCGACGGGGCGGCUGCGGCUGCAGCAGCUGAUGGAGCGGAGCGGGAAGGUCCAUGGCAGCAUCCCGCUGGUCGGAGCACAGGAGGAGGCCCGCAGCUUCGGCUCCCUGGAUUACUGGGUCCGACUGAAGGUCCCGAUGAUGGAGACGGUCCGAUUGUACCGAGACAAGCUGAAGGCUGCAGAAUUCAUCCAGUCUGCCAGUCCACACACACAGCUGCACCAAUCAGACCUCAGGUGGAACCAGCUCCUCAUCACGGUCCAGCGCUGCUCGGACCUUCAGUCCAGAACCCUGCAGCAGCCGAGUCCUUACGUCUUCUACAAGUUCUUCACCUUCCCUGACUACCCCACCUCCACCGUUAACGACUGCCACAACCCCGAGUUCAACGACCUCAAGUCCUACUCCGUCCUGAUGGACCCGGAUCUGGACCGGUACCUGAGGUCCGAGGUGCUUCAGUUCUACGUGUUUGACUUCAACGAGGAGCAGAGGGACACGUACCUGGGGAAGGCCCGAGUGCCACUGCUGUCCCUGAGCCAAGACCAGGUGGUCUCUGGUGUGUUUGAGCUGACCAGUCCUUCAGGACGUCCCGCUGGCUGCAUUGAAGUAACCCUGAGGUGGAAGCUGACCUACGUCCCUCCUCCAGGAGACACCACGGCUGCUGCAGAGUCCAGGUUCAUUCCAGAGGAGAAGGUGGAGGAGGAGCCGAGCACGAGGACAGACGUGUCCCUGCAGGACAAGGAGGAGGACAGGGCGCUCGCUGACUCCAGCAGUCACGUUAAAGCUGCUGCCGCCAAGGAGGAACCGUCCAGACCCAGAGGACAGAAGACUCUGGAGAGGGACGGACCAGCUGCCAAACGGGUCACAUUUAUGGACGACCAGUCUGUGGAGCUGAGCUCAGCAGGAAGCUCUCCAGAUAAAUCCACCUCAGCUUUCCCUCCUGCUGCCAAGGUGGAGUCCAAGCCUGCUCAGAGAACCACAGAAGAAGAGGAUGAUGAAGAAGAGUCUUGUGUCUCUGAGGGACAGCUGGUUCCGAGCGCUCAGUCCUACUCUGACGACUCCGACAUCUCUGAGGAGAUCACUGAAGAUGUGGAGAUGGGUCCAGAUGUGGAGGCUGGUCCAGCAGCUCCAGACCAUCAGAAAGAGUCGACUCAGUCUGACAGCGAUGACUGCAUCAUUCAGGGACCAUCUGCUGGGAGGAAG